AUGUCCACCUCAGAAGAAUUCAAACAUCACGUCGUCCAACUGGAUGGCCAUGUCAACCUUCCUGAGCUACGAUUCCCUCACACUUUCGAGAAGUACCUCCACACCUCAUCCUCGGAACUACCUUCUCGCAUCGCGUCGGCCACAAUUGCCAUCGCAACUACGACAACUUUUGCAAAGGAGAACUUUGCCUGUGCUCCUUCUCUACAGUUGAUCUCUUGUCUCGGCGCCGGUUGUGACAAGUUUGAUCUUCAUGCUGCCAAGGAGUCUGGCGUUACUAUAACCAAUACACCUGCUCAGAAUACUAGCACUGUUGCUGAACAUGCAAUAAGUCUGUACUUUGCUGUCAAGAGAAGGAUCGCCGAUUUGGAUCGAGUCACUAAAGAGGGAGAGAUGUGGAAGAGCCAGGGGAUGUGUAUGGGCGUGUUCAAGGGUGUGAUGCCGAGAAUUUGCGAGGAGGAGGUUGUGGGUAUUAUUGGAUAUGGAGCAUUGGGCAAACGUGUCGAGAAGAUGUGCAAAGCUCUCGACAUGCGAGUCCUCGUUGCCGAGCGCAAAGGCUCGACUGACAUUCGUCCCUCCCGCACAUCCUUCGAAGAUGUGCUCAAGCAAUGCACAACCCUCAUCCUUACCUGCCCCUUGGACCCAUCCACAAGGAAUAUGGUCUCUCACCACGAACUAUCGCUCCUUUCUCCCACUUCCAUCCUCAUCAAUGUUGGUCGUGGCGGCAUUGUAAACGAAGCUGCUCUUGCAACAGCCCUCAAGGAAGGCAAGUUGCUGGGUGCGGGUAUGGAUGUGUUUGAGCAUGAGCCUGCUACCAAGCAGAAUUGCCCUUUGCUAGCGGAUGAUGUGCCUGGGUUGGUUGCUACGCCGCACUUGGCUUGGUAUUCAGACAGAACGAUCGUGGGAACCAAGGAGACUGUGAGGAAUACCAUCGAAGCGUUUGUCAAAGGAGAGCCUGAGAAUGUUGUUGUAGAUGGAAGAAAAUAG